AUGCAUUAUUCAUUUGGAAUUUCAGUUGUAGAUGGUCAGGACAGCAACGGUCAGUACGUACAGUCUACACAGUAUGGCACUAUCUACUCCUCGGGACAGGGCUUUCAACAGCCUGGGACGCAGUACGGGAACACUGCCGUGAAUACGAAUAGUCAGAACUUACAAUACGAUCAACCAUCUGACACUCUCAACAAUCAGCAGUCAUACCCAAAUAGCCAACAGCAACAGUCGUACAAUACGAACACGCAGUAUGCGACCCAGCAGAACCAAGUCGGAUACAACACCCAAUCGCAACAGUCAACUCAGAACCAGUACCUGAACAACGGACAAGUUCAAUCUUACUCCUAUGACCAGCAGAAUCAACCUGCAUACAAUACCCAACAGCAAUACUCCUAUGACCAGCAGAAUCAACCUGCAUACAAUACCCAACAGCAAACGUAUCAGGACCAAUAUUUCAAUAAUGGGCAAGCACCUUACUCUAACAGCCAGCAGCCGAACUUGUACGGCCUGCAGUACGAUGCCGGAAGUGGUCAAACUCAAUAUGGACAACCUAGUGGAAACCAACAGUACAAUAACGGGCAGACUCAGAAUGCGCUUUACGGCAGUGUCGGCUCAUCAAGUGGUGAUACUCAAGUUCAAAUACUAGACUACUCCUUUACCAACGGAAAUUGUAAAUUCGAGAAUGGAUAUGUAACAGAGAAUGGUCAACAACGUCAAGCCACCCAACAAGACAUGGCUACUGUGGCCCAGUACAAGCAGGCUCUGAGCGAUUAUAUGAAGCAAAUCAACUCUAAUAUGGGCGAUUGGGUGAGCGGCAUUUUCAAGACGUUUUCACUAACACAACAACAGAAUUUCCCUACAGUUCCAUCUCUGCCGGCAGCACCCCAGGUACCUUGCUUGUGCAGCCCUCAAAAUUGCGGCACUUCACAGCAGCCUCAGCAGAACAUUGCCUAUGACCCUAGCAAUCAGUAUGGUCAACAAGGAAACCAAUACAUGCAAAACGUACCUCAGAACAACAACCAGUACCAGUCAAACUCGAAUCAGAUGCAGUAUCAGAAUGGUGCCCAACAAGUUCCGCUAUACAACGGCCGCAGAAAAUAG